AUGAAGGUUUCUACUAUUUUCUCAGUUUCUUUGAUUGCAGGAGCACUUGCUGCACCAGCAGUGGUUACCGUCACUAAAGAAGCACCACCAGCACGGGUUACUGUUCAAGCAGUUGUCAAUGUUGAGGAUGGGGGAAGACAAUCAUCCUUAUCAACACUGGAGAAGAAGACUAAAACCAAAUCCCAGAAGAAGACCAAGCCAACACCAUCUACUGAUCUAGAUAAAAGGGCACAAAAGAAAAGAUCCAACUUAUCGGAAUGGCAACAAAAGAUGUUGGAUCAACACAAUAAGAAGAGAGAAUUGCACAAAGACACUGACAGUUUGGUUUGGAAUGACAACCUGGCAAUUCUGGCCCAAUCAUAUGCAGACAGAUAUGAUUGUUCAGGUAAUUUAGCUCACAAUCCAGAGUUCAUCGAAGCCAUCGGCGAAAACUUGGCAGUAGGGUACGACGAUAUCGAUGCCAUUGAUGCUUGGUAUGACGAAAUCCAACAUUAUGACUACAGUAACCCAGUUCACCAAGGAAGAACCGCUCACUUUACUCAAUUGGUCUGGAAGGAUACUAAGAACGUAGGCUGCGCUUACAAAACAUGUGGUGGAGAUUUGUACAAUUACAUCGUUUGUGAAUACGACCCAGCCGGUAAUUGGGCUGGAGAAUUCGCCGACAAUGUUAAACCAUUGAAGUAA